CAACACCACAUCUCCUAUUAACGCAGCCACACCACACCACACACAAAGCUCUCACCCUCGCAACCAUGGCUAUCAUAUCGGCAAAUGCGAUGAUCCGCAGUUUGGCGCUGUUCCACCUAACGCUGGCUGCACUUCUGAUCAAGAACCCAAAGCUCAUCGCAAACCAGAGUGUUAUUAUGAUCUUGGGCGGAUCAAUGCACCUCCCCAUACCGCGUGACUUCGCUACACCUUCCGCACCGAUAGCCUUCAUCGCCAUCCUCUUCGCGUUCAUUGGCAUCAACGACCUUACUGCAGCCUCGCUCCCCGAAGAGGUCUUCGACGAAUACUGGGGCGCACAGACACCCGUGCGACUUGUCUUCUUGUUCGCGCUCACCGGAUACACAUUCUUGUUCAAGGAGGGCGGAAUGUUUGGUGGGGCCAGGGGCAUUGCGUACACGAAUAGCCCAGGCAGCUAUCUCAAGAACAGCAUAGUGUUCAGCUGGGGCUUCGUUGAGCUGUCCACAUGGUUCUGGAUCUUCAUCACUCUGCGUGAGGAGCGACGUGAGCGGGCGAGGAAGCUUAUUGAGAAGCGUCAGAAGGAGACUGAAAAGAAUGAGAGGAUGUGAGGCGGGACAAACGAAGAGCGACCAAUAUCAUACUAGAGAGCUACAAUAUUGGCAAUUCAUCAACGCUGCUUCGUGACCACCUAACGGACAGUUCU